AUGACACUUUACCAAGAUAACUCUGGAUCAGUAUGGCUGAGUGGUCUUUAUCAAACUGGAUUUAAUCCUAAAAAUUCUUAUUCCUGGUCAAUUGUUGAUAGUUGUAAUAAUAGUAUGUACGAUCUUACAAGUUCGCUCGGAAUAGAAUGGAAUAAAUGUGAUUCAUGUUCCAGUAGUAGUCAUAGUAAUAGCCAUUAUUAUAGAAAAGGAAGAAGGAAUGUGGAUGAAAAGUGUGGUGGCGACGAUUGGGGUACGAUGGGAUGGGUAGUUAAAAUUAAUGAUUUAAUGUGGGAUUGUGAUGGGCGAGGAGUUUCUCAUCAAGGAGAUUCAAGUUGCAAAAAGGAUAAUAAACGUGCGCUUACUGGUGAAGGGCCAGGAAGUGGGUUUUUUCUUCAAGUUGGCAGUAGUGAUGGUAGUGGACCGGUUAAUACUCCCAUUAAUGUUAAUAAUGAGGGUAAUGUAGUUGCGCCACCACCACCA